AUGCUGCACCUCGUGCAGUUUGAUGAGGGUAAAGACGAGGUAGAAGAGUGCCGGCACCUGCAGCCACUGCUGCUUCUCUGUGCUGUCAACGUCACCGCCCAUGUCCGGCUCGUAAUGAUCGCAGCAGGGCUCGCUCCCCUCAGCCGCGUCGAUCUGAACCACCGCAGAGGCCCGGUGAUUGCCAUCCGCAGCACUGCCAUCCUGAGCACCAGCGAUGCCGUUGGGGUUGCUGGUGUCGCCCCGGUUCCACCUCUGGAGCGGCAAGGCACUUCUGCCCAAAAGGGCAUCGUAUAG